UCUUCCUACAUUGACUAACGGCCAUAAAUUCAAUUCUGAAAGCAGAAGAAUUCAAAGGAUUGGAAUGGAAAUGGAAGGUUGAUUCAUGAGAAAAAGAAGGGCUAAUCUGGGGAUUGAAAAAGACCCAGAAGAGCGACACGUAGACCUGACAAUCUGGCAUUGGUUCCAUUGUAGGAAGAUUUGAAUACCUUUAUAUAGUGCCAAGCUUCUGUUCCCCUCCUCUUCAUCUUCAAGGCGUGCAAAAUUUGCUUUCAUAACUUUCUUUCUUUCUCUGUAUCUCUCUAUCUCUUGAAACAAAGCAUCACUUACUCUGUUCAUGUUUCCUUUCUUUCAUUUCCAACAAAAAGUGCUUGUUUCAAACAGUGACUUGUUUCUUGUUGGGAAAACCUACUGUUUCGUCUCUCUAUUUUGCAGCUUUUGAACCCUUCUUCACUGACAAAAAGAACUGCCUGUUCGGUUCUUGAUAGUCCCUUUGCUUAUCAUUUUGUUUGCCGAUUUUAUCUUUUGCCACACACAUUUUCCUAAACGAGAAGCCAUGUAUAGAUUGGAGAAAACACUGAUGAGAGAAGAAAGAUACAGGCACGAGAGAGAUAACCCAUCUUUUUCUUCUACUCUACUUGACAAAAUCUACCGUUCCAUCGAUGAUGAUGGUGACAUGAAGCAUGAAGACUUGAAAUUCUACAGGGAAACAAUGGAAAAGAAACAAAGCAAAGGUAACAUGAAAAGCAACAGAAGUAGAGGAGGACGAGGAGGAGAAGAAGAAGAGAUGUCGAGAUUCCAAGGAGAUUGUUUGGUCGAGAUAUGGAUGGAAAAGAAGGGUAGCGAAAAGGCAAAUGGAGAAAAGAAACAGGUUUUCUCUGAGUUUGAAAUAAAAUCACCUCAUGAACAUGAUCAUGAUCAUGAUGUUCUUUUCUUUAGCUCCACUUGCAGCUCAUCUGAUUCCAGUUCUGUUGGUUUGUCAUCAUCUGAUACUGAAUCUAUGUAUGGUACAAAAACAAAAGCUUCAUGUUUUGUACCACCAAGGCCUAAACCUGUUAGGACCAGCGUGUUGGCUCGACCGGAGAAACCACAGAAAACAGAGAAAACAGGGAGAUUAGAUAAGACUCUGUUUCAUGAACAGAGGGAGUUGCAUAUGUUUGAUGAUUAUCACUAUAAUUCUGCCUCUGACCAUUCACCAAAGCUUGAUGAAAGUCUUUUGAAGUCGAAAUCAAGAACCAUGAAAAUUUAUGACAAUUUAAAGAAGGUGAAACAACCCAUUUCACCUGGUGGACGACUCGCGAGUUUCAUCAAUUCUCUGUUCACAACAGGUAAUACAAAGAAAGCCAAGAGUUCAUCUUCAAUUGUAAGCGGUGAUGAUGAAAGAAAAUUGAAGUCAGGGCAAGUCUCUACGUGUUCUUCAGCUUCCUCAUUUUCGAGAUCAUGUCUAAGCAAGAACUCGUCUUCUACUCGAGAAAGGUUGCGUAAUGGAGUCAAAAGAACAGUCAGAUUUUGCCCAGUGAGCGUAAUUGUUGAUGAAGACAGUAGACCAUGUGGGCAAAAAUGCUUAUAUGAAGAAGAAGAAGACUCGAGUUUACUGUCGGUUUCAGUUCCAACUGCAUGGAAAAUUGGGAAAUCGCCAUCAAGAAAGUGCGAAGAAGAGCUAAAGUUUCAAAAAAUGGAGAAGACAAGACGAGUGGAAGAAAUGGCUAGAGAGUUUUUGAAAGAAUACCAUUUAAAUCAGAAGGAUUUUAUUUCUAGGGAAACUCGCAGUAAUUAUAUAGUGGAAGAGAUGGAUGAAGAUGAAGACGAUGCAGCUAGCUAUUCAAGUUCGGAUUUGUUCGAGUUGGAUCACCUUGUUCUUAUCGGUAAUGAUAGGUAUCGAGAAGAGCUUCCAGUGUAUGAAACUACUCAUGUUGAAACAAAUCGAGCCAUUGCUAAUGGUUUGAUAGUGUAG